AUGGCGUUUCCCAUCCCCUCCCAUCUCCCACGUCGUGGUGUUCCGCAAGACAUCUCAACUCAAAUAUUGGCCAAGAUCUCGUCAGCCACGACGAAAACCCUGACCGCGGACCUCGCUACGUCAUGGAUAGCAGAGCUCGACGAGGCGAUUCUCCAAACAAAGAGCAGGAUUCAUGAGCGGCUGAACGCAGACUUGCCCGCGUUCCACCACCUGCUUUCCACCUCCAAGUCUGUGCAGCAUCGCCUGCAGACGCUCACAGACAACGUGGACACGCUCACGGACGCGGUGUCGCAUCCUGAGUCAGGUCUCAUACCCACACUGGUCAGUGCCCUGUCCGCCCACGCGAAGCUUGCGCAGCAAACACUGGACGCGGAGGUGCUGCACGAAUCUCUGAGCCAUCUUUUGCGAUGUCGCACAGAAUUCGAUGCGCUUAAUGGCUUGGUCAAUGACGGACGGCUUCCUGAAGCCGUACAGUCUUUGGAGGGCUUGGACAGGGUGUUGAGCGGGGCGCCGGUAGCCCUGGCUCAGUCAGAGGCUAUGGUGGACAUGAAGCGACAAUUCAGAGCAGUGAAGGACCGCGUCGAGGAACAGCUCAGUGACGCGUACAACCGAGGCAUCGUAGUUUCUGCCCACACGAUCAUCGUACGGCCCACAAUCCAAGUCCGCCAAUCCUCCGCUACGCUCACCUUGUCAUCCAUUAUGUCGUCCCUUGCUCCUGCAUCGCUCGCGAGUCACCUAGCGACCCUUCGACGCGAUCUCACGACACAUUACCUCCGAUUCGUCGUUUCUCAGCCUGCCUCAGUAUCGCUCACAACAGGCAAGGACGCUACGGGCACGCCCGAGCACACGCUCACCUUGUAUCCUUCGCCGUCCAACACGGAGGAUCGAUCUCAGCGCCUGAAGAACUUAGCCUCCGUCUUCGGCUUUCUGCAGCACGAGCUUUUUCCAGCACUUCCACCCACUCAGGCCGCAUCUUUUAAACAGUCUCUAUGCAAGCCGCUCACGACGGCGUUGUUGCAACACUUUCUCAUUCCGCUGCUUCCCUCAUCGCUCAACGCGCUUCCUGCGUUCGUCGAUCUCGUACAACAGGCGGUGGACUUGGAGGGCAAGUAUGUGAUUGACAUGCUCGGGCAGGAUACUCGCGACCGGGAGGUCCAGGCAUGGGCGGACGGCAUCGCGACACACUACGAACGCAAGAGAAGAGCCGAGAUGCUGGAACAGGCGAGAGAGGUUAUCAUCAAGGACGAUGAGGGCAGAAGGAUCCAUGUGGAGGUGAUACUCGAAGAAAUGUCCAACGCCGUUCCAGAGGUGGCGCCUGAACAGCUAGAAGAACAGGAAAGCGCGUGGGGAUUCGAAGAAGAGCAAGUUGCGAUAGGCAGCUCAAAUGAGGAGGCUAUCACGGCACGAGAGGAAGACGGAUGGGGCUUUGAAGAGCCAACGGAGGACCCGGAUGGGUGGGGCUUCGACGACGAGCCCGCAGAGCCAGAGCCAGAGCCAGAGCCAGAGCCAGAGCCAGAGCCAGAGCCAGUCCCUCAGCCCUCUCUUCCUCCUGCUCCUGAACCUGAGGCCUCACAAGAAGAGGAUCCGGCAGAUGCCUGGGGCUGGAAUGAAGGCGACGAACCUGUCAAUGACGAGGGCAGCGGAGCUUCUACCUCUCCCGAAACGGACACCAGCUCCGCCUGGGACGACCCAUGGGCUGACGUCGACUCAGCCGCCGCGCCCGACCGACUGCCCCUCGCCUUAAUCACGAGGUCAGAGACCGCGCCCAAACGCGCGACGCGUCUCGAAAAGCUCGCGAACAAGGGCAAACCAAAACAUACCCCGCAGACCAGCAUCGAAUCCGCUCCCGCCGUCGCCCCUCCACCGCCAACACCAAUUAUCACCAGGAAGUCCGAAUUGAGUCGGCCGCCGAGGAUCACCGUGCCGGUGAAUAAUAAGCCAAAAGUGGUACAAGUAAAAGAGACGUACGCCGUGUCUGCGCGCGCGCGGGACGUCGCGGGUGCGGUCGAGGCCGUCUUGUACGAGGGCGCGCAGUUUAUCGCCGCGGCGCCUGUGAUAUUCGCCGGCUUCGUGGAGCACCAGCAUCAGCACACGCGACAGCGCGGGACAGUGCUCUUGCAGACCGCGCCCGCCGUGUUCGAUCUAUUCCGCGCGCUGUACCCUGUGCGAUUUGCACGGGCGCUGGCGGAUUCGGUGGAUCGAGCCGUCGUGUUCUCGAAUGAUUGUGCGUAUCUGAGCGAGUGCGCGGCGCGACUGGCGCUCGGAGAGAAGGAGGAGGACGUGAAAAGCAAGUUGAUCGAGGCUGGGGAGCGGCUAGAGGUCUUAGGGACGAGCUGGUUUGAGGAUUCUCUUGAACGUCAGAAGCUCGCGGUGCUGGAGACCCUAGGGGAGGCUGAAGGUUUCGUGGAAACAGGUGAUCAAGACCGGUUUGAUGAGUGCGAAACCGCAGUUACAAGUGCGCUGAGCCAAAUCCGAAGGGUCGCGAAACAGUGGAAGGGAGUGAUGCGGAAAAGCAAAUACUACGCAGCGGCAGGCGCUCUCGUGGAGGCAGCUCUGGUGACUAUCCUCGACGAUAUCUUGGCUUUGCCAGAUAUCACGGAGGUGGAAUCUCAUCGCCUGAGCGAACUUUGUCGGAUAAUGAAUGCUAUCGAAGGCAUCUUCAUGGAAGAUCCGGACCAGCCAUCACUCGUCGUCGCAUAUGUUCCCUCGUGGCUCAAGUUCUCGUACCUUUCGGAGAUCUUGGAGGCAUCUCUAGCAGAUGUUAGCUAUCUAUUCGACGAGGGCGCGCUCGUCGACUUCGAGAUGCAGGAGUUAGUGAAGCUUGUCAGGGCUCUCUUUGCAGACAUGCCACAACGCACCAGUCUCGUCAACAAGCUUAUGGGAGGACAUCUGCAAGCGCGAUAA